GCAUAGCAAGGAUGAACGAUUUUCCAGCGUUACCCUUGCAUCAGUCCCUUUCGGCCCAUCUUUGGCCAUUUUCGCUGGCUGGGACCCGCCCGCAAAGUGUCGGCAUGGCCCUCCACGGCCCUUGCGUCCUUACCGUGCGACCUUAUUAAAGGGUUGACUGUAUGUUUCUCGUCUUCUCCCGCCCCAAGCUGCGCUGGUGUCGCUCUCGCUGGGCGCGAAGCUCAGCGGGCGCUCGGCGCUGACGUUCGACGCCGCCGCGGCCAAGAACCGCCCCGUGACCAAGGUCGUGACUCUGCUGAAGGACAUGCUCAAGCAGUUGGAGAAAGAGGCUUCGGAGGACGAGGACAUAUACGACAAACUGGCAUGCUGGUGCGAGACCAACGACAGAGAGAAGACCAAGGCCAUCAAGGAUGCCGAGUCCCGCAUCGCGCAGCUCCAGGUUCAGAUCGAGGAGGACACUGCCAUCAGUUCGCGCCUCAACACCGAGAUCAAGAACACGGAAGAGGAGGUCGCGAAGAACCAGGAGGCGCUUGACGAGGCCGUCGCGAUCAGAAAGAAGGAGUUGGCCGAGUUCAACGCGGAGGAGAAGGAGAUGUUGGAGGCCAUCCAGGCGCUCCGCGCGGCCGUGACCGUGCUGUCGAAGCACCACGGCGGCGCCGCCUUCCUGCAGGUGCCCCACACCCACGUGCUGAGCGUGGCCACCACGCUGCAGCACCUCAUCGGCUCCCAGCACCUCGUCGGCGUGCUGACCCACAAGGAACGCCGUGUCGCCUCCGCGUUCAUCCAGGCGCCCGAGGA